AUGAGUCCGCCACGGAAGAAAGAAGAGCUCAAAAUCCUUACACCUGUAGGGAUGCUAGGUUAUGGGUUCGAUGAGUUUCUGUUUUGGGAUGCUGUGAAAGAUGGUGCUGAUGCUAUCAUUGUUGACUGUGGUUCGACCGACAGUGGGCCGUCCAAACUGGCGCUGGACGCAACCACUAUCAGCCGGGAAUCGUGGGAAAGAGACUUGGACAUUCUUCUCGCAUCUUGUCACAAGUAUAAAGUGCCAGUAAUUCUUGGCUCCGCUGGUGGUGAUGGUGCCAAUGUCCAUGUUCAGCUCUUCGUUGACAUCAUUCACGAAUUGAUCACUGCCAAAGGAUACAGAACGAUGAACAUCGUCACAAUUGAAGCCGAAAUCGAAAAGGGUUUUAUCUACGAAAAACAUGAAGCUGGUCAAGUCCUACCAUGUAGCGCAGCAGUACCCGAGAUAACUGCUCACGAUAUCAAAACAGCAUCCAAGGUCGUCGCGCAGAUGGGUAUGGAGCCGUUCAUCCAUGCAAUGGAGAAGUAUGGCGACUUUGAUAUAAUUGUUGCUGGACGGGCCUAUGAUCCCUCCCCGUAUGCUGCCUUUUGCGUCUACAACGGUUUCACGGAUAUGGGUAUAGCUUAUCAUAUGGGGAAGAUCAUGGAAUGCGGCGGAUUGUGCGCAAAGCCCAAAAGCCGAGAGUCUCUCGCUAUCAUCCGGGAAGACAGCUUUGACAUUCUUCCUCUAAACCCGGGUGCUCGAUGCACGCCGACUUCAAUUGCGGCCCACACACUUUAUGAGAAAACUCGACCCGAUAUCUUACUCGGCCCUGGAGGUGCCCUUCACCUGGCGGAUGCAAAAUAUGAACAACUUCCCGAUAACCGAACUGUUCGAGUCAGGGGAUCGAAAUUCGUGCCGUCCAAAGAAGGCGAGUAUACUGUAAAGCUCGAAGGGGCAAGAGCAGCAGGCUAUCGAAGCGUUUUUAUCGGUGGCUUUCGAGAUCCCAUUCUCAUCGGCCAGUUGUCGUCCUUCCUUUCCAAAGUAGAGGAACAUGUUCGCUCAAAGAUCCCCUUUGACUACGACUUGCGACUUCAUGAGUACGGUAAUAAAGGAAUAAUGGGCUCAUUAGAGCCCGAGAGAGACUAUACACCGAAAGAAAUCUGUCUUUGCGGCGAAGCUAGGGCUGCCACGCAGGCUGAGGCAAGCCAUGUUAUAAAUACCGCUCGCAUUGCAUGUCUUCAUGCUCCCUACGCCGGUCAGCUAGCCACAGCUGGGAAUUUUGCAAUGCCUUUCCCUCCUUAUGAUAUCCCACUAGGACAGGUUUCUGAAUUUUGCAUUUAUCACAUUGUGACAAGCGUCGAUCCUUUGGCGCUCUUUCCGAUACAACAAAAAGUCAUUCUGGGUUCGAACGAGUACACUGAAGUUGCAGACAUGAAAGAUAUUGUACCGCCGACAACAAAGACAAGUUCCCAAAACGGUGUCUCUCCUCCGUUGUCGCCGAUGAAAUUUCAUCCACCGGCACCACAGGGUCAUUGCUAUCUCGGUGAGGUGGCUUCGGUUUUGAGAACUAAAAAUGCAGGUCCCUACGAACUGACACUCGAUGUGAUGUUCGACAACGAAGAGAUAUUUCACAAAGUGAAACAAACUGGUCUUUUGUCCAAGGAUACCAUUGCUCGGCUAUACAAUAUUCCAAAGGAAGACAUUUUAGUUUGCAUGUUUUGGGACCCAGCUCUUGCAUUCAAGAGCACUAUCAAGCGGCCGUUGGUCUCUGGGCAGUUUGGUGAAACAGAUCUGCAUGGAUCACAGCAACAUGCACCGGCCAUGUAUCUAAUGUUGCCCUUUGCAAGGCAAUAA